AUGUAUCUAUCUAUCUAUCUAUCUAUCUAUCUAUCUAUCUAUCUAUCUAUCUAUCUAUCUAUCUAUCUAUCUAUGUAUCUAGAGAUCAGUCUUUUUUUUUUGUUUUCUUCUCUCACUGUUUUUCAACCUCUUUUUCUUUCUUUUCUUCUUUCUCUCAGUCCUUCAACCUCUUGUUUUUUCUUUUUCCCCCCCCUCUCAGUUUUUAAACCUCUUCUUCUUUCUUUUCUUCCCUCUCUCUGUUUGUCAAACUCCUUUUUCUUUCUUUUCUUCCCUCUCUCUGUUCGUCAAAUUCCUUUUUUUCUUUUCUUCCCUCUCUCUGUUCGUCAAAUUCCUUUUUUUCUUUUCUUCCCUCUCUCUGUUCGUCAAAUUCCUUUUUUUCUUUUCUUCCCUCUCUCUGUUCGUCAAACUCUUUUUUUUCUUUUCUUCCCUCUCUCUGUUCGUCAAACUCUUUUUUUUUCUUUCCCUCUCUUCCCUGUUCUGUCAAAACUCUUUUUUUUUUCUUUCUUCCCUCUCUCUGUUCGUCAAACUCUUUUUUUUCUUUUCUUCCCUCUCUCUGUUCGUCAAACUCUUUUUUUUUUCUUCCCUCUCUCUUUUUCUUUUUUUUUUUCCCUCUCUCUGUUCGUCAAAUUCCUUUUUUUCUUUUCUUCCCUCUCUCUGUUCGUCAAACUCUUUUUUUUCUUUUCUUCCCUCUCUCUGUUCGUCAAACUCUUUUUUUUCUUUUCUUCCCUCUCUCUGUUCGUCAAACUCUUUUUUUUCUUUUCUUCCCUCUCUCUGUUCGUCAAACUCUUUUUUUUCUUUUCUUCCCUCUCUCUGUUCGUCAAACUCUUUCUCUUUCUGUUUUUUUUUCUCUCUCUCUUGUUCGUCAAACUCUUUCUCUUUCUUUUUUUUUCUCUCUCUCUUGUUCGUCAAACUCUUUCUCUCUCUCUGUUCUUUAACCUUUUCCUUCUAUGA